CGUGCGGCAGGCGCUGCAGGACCUGCUCAGCGAGUACAUGAAUAACACUGGAAGGAAAGAAAAAGGAGAUCCUCUAAACAUUGCCAUUGACAAGAUGACCAAGAAAACAAGAGAUCUAAGGAGACAGCUUCGGAAAGCAGUGAUGGAUCAUAUAUCCGAUUCUUUCUUGGAAACCAACGUUCCCUUGCUGGUUCUCAUCGAGGCAGCGAAGAGCGGGAAUGAAAAGGAAGUGAAAGAAUAUGCCCAGGUUUUCCGUGAACACGCCAACAAAUUGGUGGAGGUUGCCAAUUUGGCCUGUUCCAUCUCCAACAAUGAGGAAGGGGUGAAAUUAGUCCGGAUGGCGGCCACACAGAUUGACAGCCUGUGUCCUCAGGUCAUCAAUGCUGCUCUCACACUGGCUGCCCGGCCACAGAGCAAAGUUGCUCAGGAUAACAUGGACGUCUUCAAAGACCAGUGGGAGAAGCAGGUCCGAGUGCUGACGGAGGCAGUGGAUGACAUUACCUCGGUGGACGACUUCCUCUCUGUCUCAGAAAACCACAUCUUGGAGGAUGUGAACAAGUGUGUGAUAGCCCUCCAAGAGGGGGAUGUGGACACUCUGGACCGGACGGCAGGGGCCAUCAGAGGUCGGGCAGCGCGAGUCAUACACAUCAUCAAUGCUGAGAUGGAGAACUAUGAAGCUGGGGUUUAUACUGAGAAGGUGCUGGAAGCUACAAAAUUACUUUCUGAGACAGUGAUGCCACGCUUUGCUGAACAAGUAGAAGUCGCCAUUGAAGCCCUGAGUGCGAAUGUACCUCAGCCGUUUGAGGAGAAUGAGUUCAUCGAUGCCUCUCGUCUGGUGUAUGAUGGUGUUCGGGACAUCAGAAAAGCUGUGCUGAUGAUCAGGACCCCAGAAGAACUAGAGGACGAUUCUGACUUUGAGCAGGAAGAUUAUGAUGUGCGUAGCCGAACAAGUGUUCAGACAGAGGAUGACCAACUCAUUGCAGGGCAGAGUGCACGGGCCAUCAUGGCACAACUACCGCAAGAGGAAAAGGCAAAAAUAGCUGAGCAGGUGGAGAUAUUCCACCAAGAGAAAAGCAAGCUGGAUGCUGAAGUGGCCAAAUGGGACGACAGCGGCAAUGACAUCAUCGUGCUGGCCAAGCAGAUGUGCAUGAUCAUGAUGGAAAUGACAGACUUCACGAGAGGCAAAGGCCCGUUGAAAAAUACAUCUGAUGUCAUUAAUGCUGCCAAGAAAAUUGCUGAAGCAGGUUCUCGAAUGGACAAACUAGCGCGUGCUGUGGCUGAUCAGUGUCCUGAUUCAGCAUGUAAGCAGGAUUUAUUAGCCUACCUUCAACGAAUUGCCUUGUAUUGCCAUCAGCUUAAUAUCUGCAGCAAGGUGAAGGCUGAAGUUCAGAAUCUGGGAGGAGAGCUCAUUGUGUCAGGGAUUUAUUCACAGGAUUCCUGCAUCAGGCUGGGAGACCAAAGGGGUUCUGAAGAAGAGACAGGCUCUCAUGUUUUUGCUGCAGAAUUAGACACCAUCUAUCUGAAAAUGGAAUCUGUGCUGGACAGUGCCACAUCCCUUAUCCAGGCAGCUAAAAACCUGAUGAAUGCUGUUGUCCUCACGGUGAAAGCAUCUUAUGUGGCCUCAACUAAAUACCAGAAGGUCUAUGGGACAGCAGCUGUCAACUCCCCUGUUGUGUCUUGGAAGAUGAAAGCUCCAGAGAAGAAGCCCCUUGUGAAGAGAGAAAAGCCUGAAGAAUUCCAGACACGAGUUAGACGAGGUUCUCAGAAGAAACACAUUUCGCCUGUACAGGCUUUAAGUGAAUUCAAAGCGAUGGAUUCCUUCUAGGACGAUAGGCUGUAAACAAGAAAGCUUUCUUUUUCUUUCUUUUUUUCCUUUCUCUUUCUUUUUAAUUCCAUUUUUGUAUGCUUACCUGCCGACUCGUAUGCCUCUGGCAUGGGGAAAUUAAGGGAGCAGUGUCUGUUUGCAUGUGAGAUGAGAUGUGAUCAAUACUACUGAUCCAUCUGUAGCCCGGGAAGGGGACAGGGAAUUCCUGUCCUAAGGUGGCACAGAGCUGUCCUUUACAACAUUCUCAUAAAAUUGGGCAAAGAGUUCGCAUUGCAAUGUUUACGGGAGUGGGAGGGAGGGGGAAAAUAAACUUAACUCUACAAAAGCAAACUCUAAUGCAUGCAAGAAUCAUUAGGUUGGCAGGUAUAUUCAUAAGUGAAAAAUCUGGAAGUGUAAUGGUAGAACAUAAAACUUGUAUUGCUUCUGUUCAGUGCAAAAAUGUACUAGCCAAUACGCUUAAGUGUGUGGCCCACAAAUUGAACAAUUUAACUUCGAAGUCAUAUCCAUGAUAUUAUGUGGAUUUUUAACUCAGAGGACACUAAUCCAGCCUAAAAUGCUUCUUUUAAUCUGCAUUUUGUUCUUUCUCUUCUAGGAGUGCCAUUACUAGUGCUCAUGUUAUUUUUUUUUCUUCCCUCUACUAAAAGCAAUUAUUUAUUUGAGAAUAUUAAAAUCUUUCUGGGAGCACUGGAAGCACAAUAUGGUGAUCUAUCUUCUUCUUAUCAUUUUUUUAGUUUGAAACUAAACUAUUCUUUUGCUAGAAAUAGAAGGCCCAGUGGUGGGAUAUUAGAGGAAUGGCAACUGACAAUGUGUGAAGGUUUAGAGGCGAAGUCAUAGGUGUAGCUUGGAGUGCUGGUAUCUAAUAUACCGUUGUAUCCACUAACUCAAAAUAAACACAUUUAAUCUUGA